AUGCCUGGUCUUUACAUGCUGGAUUAUGGAGCCGGAAAUGUGCGUAGUUUAGUCAAUGCCAUCAACCACUUGGGUUUCGACAUUACCUUUGUCAAAGAACCUUCAGAUAUUGCCCUUGCCGAUAAGCUCAUUUUCCCCGGUGUAGGCGAUUUUGGUUUCGCUAUGCGUGCUUUGCGUUCAAAGGGAUAUGCUGAACCAUUGAAAGCUUACAUUGCUUCUGGAAAGCCAUUUAUGGGUAUCUGUGUUGGCAUGCAAACCUUGUUUGAAGGCUCCUCUGAAAGCGAUGAACCCGGUUUAGGCGUUAUUCCUGGAAAGACCAUCAAAUUCGACAACACCACCAAGGCUGUACCACACAUGGGAUGGAACCACACACAAUUGCUGAAAAAGCAACCCAAUGGAUCAGCAGGCCAACCUGUCAAUUACGGCAUUGAUGAAGACAAAGUUUACUAUUUUGUUCACUCCUACUGCGCACGUUACUCUGAAGACAACAAGGAUUGGGUAUUGGCUACUACACAAUACGGUGAUGAAGUCUUUAUUUCUUCUGUGCAAAAGGGCAAUGUUUUCGCUACUCAAUUUCACCCUGAAAAGAGUGGUUACGCUGGUAUCAACUUGUUGAAAUCUUUCAUUACGGGUACUGGCCUUGUCGAUGAAACUACUGUUACCACUAAAGCUCCUGCCAAGCUCGAUCAAGAUACAUUUACUAGACGUAUUAUUGCUUGUUUGGAUGUGCGUGCUAACGAUAGUGGUGAUUUGGUGGUGACCAAGGGAGAUCAAUACGAUGUGCGUGAAACUGAAGGUGGUAAUGAUGUUCGUAACUUGGGUAAGCCAGUUGAAUUGGCCAAGCGUUACUUUGAAGAAGGUGCCGAUGAAGUGACCUUUUUAAACAUCACAAGUUUCCGUAAUUGUCCCUUGGGUGACACACCUAUGUUGGAGGUAUUGAAGCGUACUUCUGAAAGCGUGUUUGUUCCUUUGACUAUUGGUGGCGGUAUUCGUGAUGUUACUGAUCCUGAUGGCACUGUUCACCCUGCAUUCGAGGUUGCCGGAGAAUAUUUCCGUUCUGGUGCUGAUAAGGUGUCCAUUGGUAGCGAUGCUGUUUACUGCGCAGAGAACUUUAUCGCCAGUGGUGGCAAGAAAACGGGCACAACUGCCAUUGAGACUAUUGCUGAAGCUUACGGCUCGCAAGCUGUUGUCAUUUCUGUUGAUCCUCGCCGUGUAUACGUCAAGAAUCCCAAGGAUACCACUCACAACACUGUCAAGAACUCCAUUCCUGGCCCCAAUGGUGAGCAAUACUGCUGGUACCAAUGUACCGUUAAGGGUGGUCGUGAGGGUCGUGAUUUGGAUGUAGUUCAGUUAGUCACUGCCUGUGAGCAAUUGGGUGCUGGUGAAAUCUUGUUGAAUUGUAUGGAUCGUGAUGGUACCAACUCUGGCUUCGAGCUUGAGCUGAUUCAAUCCGUUAGAGAUGCUGUCAAGAUUCCUGUAAUUGCCUCUAGUGGUGCUGGCCGUGUGGAAGAUUUCGUUGAGGUGUUUGAAAAGACAGGUGUUGAAGCUGCCUUGGCUGCUGGUAUCUUCCAUCGCAAGGAGGUUCCUCUUCAAUCUGUCAAGAAGUUUGUGAAGGAAUCAGGUGUUGCCGUGAGACCUAUUGAUACAACCAUUUUGUAA